AUGGCAAAACUACAAAAUCCACAAGCCAUCCGACUUUUGUAUCAAAACUUCCAAUGGAGAGAAGAUUAUCCUUUUCUAGUUUGGAAUACUAAUGAACACAUGCUAACAAAGGUUAAUACCCUGGCUUCCCAGGUUGAAUCUGGUAAUAAUAUAAUUGAAAUGGAUAAAGAAAAUAAGGCACCUGGUGCAAAAUCAGGUGAUAACUUGGUCAAAAUGGGUGAAAAUGAUGAAGUAUUUGAUCUGGAAAUUCGCCAGUCCUGUAAACAAAAAGUUGAAGCUAUAAGACAUAUGGCAGAUCACCUCAAGCAAGAACUUGCUGCAAAUAAUUUCAACCACAUUAUCUGUGUAACCAAUAAUAUGGAUAGGCUGUUCACAAUGUUGAAUGAUAUUGAGAUAGCACAAAAUAAAAGAAGGCAUAAUCCGAUGUGGCGAGGAUCAACUUCAUGA